AUGCAAGCAACGCCUGGUGAUUCGUCCGCAGCGAAUCAGCGUACGCCUCUAGUACGUAAUCGUAGUAGCCGUCGUCCACGACCUCUUCGACGCAGGAGUAGUGGUUUCGACCAAGGUCUCUAUUCGGCUAGUGCCUACAAAGUCAUAGAAGCUCCGUUGAAGCGGUCUCAGUCUCAGGCAAGCUUACAAGCUGGAACUACUAGUGGCGACAUUGUCCAGCAACCAGCUGAACAUUCGGGCGAUGAUAAGGAUGCUCUUACUGGGCUAAAGCUGCUACUUCUAACCAUUUGUAUGGCUGGCGUCCAGUUUACAUGGUCAGUCGAGUUAUCAUAUGGUACUCCAUAUUUAUUAUCAUUAGAGCUUCCAAAGGAGUUGACAGCCUUGGUUUGGCUCGCUGGCCCUUUAUCAGGGCUCAUCAUCCAACCGCUAAUCGGAGCAUAUAGCGACAGAUGCACAUCAUCACUUGGUAAACGCCGACCCUACAUCAUCUCUGGUGGCGUUUUGGUUUGUUUUUCUAUGCUAGGGGUUGCAUACGCAAAGGAACUCGGGGUAUUGGGUGUACGUUGGUUUAGCCAACCCCAAACGCCGGAAGAAAUUCUCAAACAAGAAAAAUUGGGGGCCAUCUUCACUGCAGUGCUUGCAUUUUAUAUCCUUGAUUUCAGUUUGAAUGCUGUGCAAGCCUCGUGUCGCGCACUCAUUCUCGAUGUACCCCCUCUCUGGCAGCAGCAAAUAGCGAAUGCUUGGGCGGCGCGCAUGUCUAAUAUCGCUAUGGUGAUAGGUUACUUCACUGGAUUUGUCGAUCUGAUCAAAUUUCUGCCUUUCCUUGGUGACUCUCAGGUCAAAGUGUUUUGUCUUAUCGCCAUCUUUGUAUUCAUUGCAACGCUUGGUAUCACUUGCUUAACGACAAAAGAAAAGGUCUAUGUCCCAGAACGCGAUCAGGAUGAGCCAUGGUACCAUGCCCUUGGCUACAUUUGGCGAGCAUUCACCAAUUUGCCUAACUCCGUUCAACGUCUUUGCAAUGUUCAAUUCUUUGCUUGGUUAGGGUGGUUUCCUUUCUUGUUCUAUAGCACAACUUGGGUGUCCGAUAUCUAUUUUGUGAGCAACCCUAUGGAGGACCCAGACUCAUGGGCAAAAGGUACUCGCGCUGGCUCCUUUGCUUUGUUGUGCUACGCCAUCGUUUCUGUCGUAGCUGGUAUUAUUCUCCCAUGGAUGACUGAAAGCGAACACUUCAAAGGCAUAACAGUCAAAAACGUCUACACUGGUUCCAUUGUUCUAUUUUCUGUUUCUUUGCUAUUAACCUUUUUCGUCGAAACGGUUCUCCAAGCUACUAUCAUUGUUGCCAUCAUUGGUAUUCCCUGGGCUGUAGUAUUGUGGGUUCCAUUUGCCCUUGUUGGAGAAUACAUCAGCUAUGAGUCCGACAAACUUGAAGAAGCCAAGGAAACGGCUAAACAACUUAAAAAUGGACAAAGUAAAUACGGCGCAACACAAGGCGAAGCUGUGGAUGGACCAGUGUCGCUUGAAGCCAAUGAAGACGACGACGAUGACGAUCUCGAUGCUGGUUUGCUGCUUGGUGUUCACAACAUGUACAUCGUCUUCCCACAGUUUGCGGUCGCUAUUAUAGCUGCUGUUAUUUUCAAGAUUGUCUCAGCGGUUGAAGAUCCCACUCAACCAACUAAUCCUGCCCCGGCUCAAGAUAGUGGUGUCGCGUGGGUACUCAGAUUUGGUGGCAUUAUGGGUCUUUUUGCCGCCAUUCUGAGUCGCCGUAUCAUUGAAGUACCAAGAAGACCUGGUCAACAGGCAGUUGUGGUUGUUGCUGCCGGCCACUAA